UCGCGAAGAAACCAACCGCGCAGCGUUAGCAUGGAAGACAAGAACGGACCCGUCGUCGGCAAGUCGGGCAAGAAGAUCUGCUGCUCCUGCCCCGAGACCAAGUCGGUGCGCGACCUCUGCGUUAUCUCCAAGGGUGAAGAACACUGCGCCGACGUUAUUGAAGCUCACAAGCAGUGUCUGCGUGCCGAAGGUUUUCGCAUUAAGUAGGGACGACAAGCAAGCGAAAUCUUUAUGUACUAUCCUAUCCUCGCUGUACGAGCAUUGUGUUUAGUCUUGGCGCGCACUGCAAGCAAUCGCAUAAGACAACGUACAUCAUGGGGACAGGAGCCGGUUCGGAGCAUAGUGACCGACAUAUUGCUAUAACAAAACACACCCUGGACCACACCAACGGUGGUAGCUGCCCUAGCUGUGUGCAUGACCAGAUCGUUGGCGCCCAUAAGCACCAACAAUUGUACAAUUGUAGCUUUCCAUCCGC